UCAUUCAAAAUCAGACCCAGUGUCAGCUGCCCUAUUGUCACGAAUAUCUCUGAAACUUCAACCCUACCUGGGUCUUAUAAUCGAUUAAGCACAAGAUCCAUUCCUUCUUUGCCGAUACCCAAUCGCUAUAUCCAUAGUGAGCCCAAAAUUGCACAAAAAAACAAUGGGUGACGACGGGACUGAAGAGAACCAAUUUGUGGUCGACGAUGUCUCCAACAUCAUCAAAGAGUCCAUUGAGAGCACGAUCGGCGGCAACAGCUACGUCCACACCAAAGUCAACCUAUGGACCAACUCUGUGGUUGAAGCCUGUUUGGCCUCCUUAACCAAGCUUCAAAAGCCGUUCAAGUAUAUUGUGACUUGCGUGAUCAUGCAGAAGAAUGGAGCUGGACUUCACACGUCCAGUUCUUGCUAUUGGGACAACUCGACGGAUGGAUCAUGCACCGUGAGGUGGGAGAACAAAACCAUGUAUUGUAUCGUCUCCGUAUUUGGUUUGGCUAUAUAAGACCACUCACUAUUCUACUUCAGAUGUUGUAUUUCUUCCGAGCUUUUCGCCAUUUACCCAUUUUUUUUUCUUUCGUAAUAGAUUGAGGUCAAAACAUA